AGGUCCUGGCACUAUGUCAUGUUGCCGUGGGGCAGCAGAUGAACCUGCACUGGCUGCACAAGGUAGGGCUGAUGGUCAUCCUGGCCUUCACGGUGGUGGCCAUGUCAGCCGUGGCCCAGCUGUGGGAGGAUGAGUGGGAGGUGCUGCUGAUCUCCCUACAGGGCACAGCACCAUUCCUGCACAUGGGGGCCCUGGCUGCGGUCACUGCACUCUCCUGGAUCGUGGCAGGACAAUUCGCCCGCGCAGAGCGGUCUUCCUCCCAGGUGGCCAUUCUCUGUACCUUCUUUGCCGUGGUGUUUGCCCUCUACCUGGCCCCUCUCACCAUCUCCUCUCCCUGCAUCAUGGAGAAAAAGGACCUGGGCCCCAAGCCUGCCCUCAUCGGCCACCGUGGGGCCCCCAUGCUGGCUCCAGAGCACACGCUGAUGUCCUUCCAGAAGGCCCUCCAGCAGAAGCUAUAUGGGCUCCAGGCCGACGUCACCAUCAGCCUGGACGGCGUGCCCUUCCUCAUGCAUGACACCACCCUGCGGCGCACCACCAAUGUGCAGGAGCUGUUCCCGGAGCUCGCACGCAGGCCUGCCUCCAUGCUCAACUGGACUGUCCUACAGAGGCUCAACGCUGGCCAGUGGUUCCUGAAGACUGACCCCUUCUGGACGGCCGACUCCCUAUCGCCCUCCGACCAUAGGGAGGCCCAGAACCAGUCCAUCUGCAGCCUGGCGGAGCUCCUGGAGCUGGCCAAGGGCAACGCCACGCUGCUGCUGAACCUGCACGAGCUGCCCUGGGAGCACCCCUACCGCGCCGGCUUCCUCAACGUCACCCUGGAGGCCCUGCUGCGCUCCGGCUUCCCCCAGCACCAGGUCAUGUGGCUGCCUAACAGGCAGAGGCCCCUGGUGCGGAAGGUGGCUCCCGGCUUCCAGCAGACGUCGGGCUCCAAGGAGGCGGUCGCCAGCCUGCGGAAAGGCCACAUCCAGCGGCUGAACCUGCGCUACACUCAGGUGUCCCGCCAGGAGCUCAGGGACUACGCAUCCUGGAACCUGAGUGUGAACCUCUACACCAUCAACACACCGUGGCUCUUCUCUCUGCUGUGGUGUGCAGGGGUCCCAUCUGUCACCUCUGACAACUCCCACACUCUGUCCCAGGUGCCUUCCCCCCUCUGGAUCAUGCACCCGGACGAGUACUGUCUCAUGUGGGUCACCGCCGACCUGAUCUCCUUCACCCUCAUUGUUGGCAUCUUCGUGCUCCAGAACUAUCACUUGAUCAGUUCUGUCUGA